UUGCUUUUAUGUAAGAGAAAAUUAGAAGAAAAUUAUGUGCAUAUUGACUGUUUCCCUGCUUUACAAUGCAUUCUACAAGAAAACUCGAUAGAAAGCCUUGAUCCCUCUCUAAAACUAAUAUUUACACAGCACUUGUCAUCAUUAAGUGAACUUUUUGAAAACUAUUUUCCCGAAAAUCUGGAGCAAUACGACUGGGUUAGAAACCCUUUCCAGUCGACCUCACCAUCAACACUUUCGACAUGGGAAGAAGAACAAUUAAUAGAAUUGUCCUGUGACUCCAGCCUUAAGCUCCAAUACGACAAAAACAAACUGCAUGAAUUUUGGAGCUCAGUUUCUCACGAAUAUCGUGCCAUCAGCUAUACAGCAUUGAGGGUUCUAUUACCAUUUGCGACAUCGUACUUGUGCGAAACAGGCUUUUCUGCAGUUGCAGUAAUAAAGAACAGGUACAGAUCGAAAAUAAAUGUAGAGAAAGAGAUGAGAGUGGCAAUUGACCCACGUUUUGAGGAGCUAUGCUCAGAAACGCAAGCACAUCCUUCUCAUUAG